AAUAAAGAAACAGGAAAAGUGAGCAGGAAACCAGCGACGUCACAGAGGAGAGAAGCUCAGAGCGAACGCCAUCGCCUGCCGAGCACUGAAGCGCCGACCAGCCGCCUCCAAUGAAAAGAUACUUUAUAACAGUGUGUAUACUGGGAUUACUGGGACGGGGUUACCAGCAGUGCCCCUCGAGCUGUCAUGGAAACGCCGAGUGUAAAACCGUGAAAGGAAUCACCGCGUGUUACUGCGCCAACGGAUACACCGGCGACGGCAUCAACUUCUGCAAAGAUGAUAAUGAAUGUCAAAACGCAACCUUUAUUUGUGGAGAAAACGCCAACUGCACAAACACGGAAGGCGGAUACUACUGCAUGUGUGUCCCGGGAUUCACGUCCAGCGGGUCGGAGCAGUUCGUCACCAACGACGGGACCUACUGUAUGGAUAUAGAUGAAUGCGGUGAAAGUAAAUGCGGGGAUCAUACACGGUGCGAAAACACCGCCGGAGGGUACGCUUGUUCCUGCCAGGAAGGUUAUCAACCGUCCUCAGGAAGACGACAGUUUACGGCGGAUGACGGCACUUAUUGUCGAGAAAACCUGAAGAUUAAAUGCCAUUUGGACGAUAACUGCAUUUCUGCAAAUAUUAAUCAAACCUUAAGUAAAGUCGGCAGCAUUAAGGAGCCGAUUGCCGCGCUAAACGAGAUUCAGAAAAGCACCGCCGGAGAGGUCCAGCCGGUAGACGUGAUUUCCUACGUCGAAGCGCUUGCUACAUCUUAUCCAUUUCUGAGCUCUGCGAACAAAACAGCAGCGAACAAAGAGAGUCUCGCCAACACUACCAUUACCACUUUUGUUAAUACCGUGAACAACUUCGUAGAAAAGGAUAAAAUUAAAGUUUGGAAGAAGCUAUCGGAGAAUGACAGGAAAAGAAGCCUGACGAAGCUCCUUCACUCCAUGGAGCGAGCUGCCCUGGAGCUGUCCCAGGACUUCAAAAGGACCUCGCAGGUCGACGUCGAUGCCAGCGACGUGGCUCUCAAAUUGUUUACCUUUGACUCCGGCCACAUGAAGCACAUCCACCCGCACGUGCUUAUGGAAGGAGAUUACAUCAAGAUCUCCCCCAAGAAAAAGGAAACAUCUCUUCCAAAUGGCACCGUAUCUAUCGUGUUCUUGCGAUACGACACCGUUGGAGUUUUGCUCGAAUCUUCAGAAAACAAUAAUAAUGGGGAGAAAAGCCAACUCCCCGAAGAAUCGCAGCAGAUAAUAUCCCCCGUUAUCGCUGCCGCCAUCCACUCGGACCCGCCGACACUCUACCAGCUGGACAAAGUUACCUUCACGUUAAAACAUUCACAGCCGUCCACGGAUCCCAGUCUGGUGCAAUGUGCGUUCUGGAAGUAUUCACCUGACAGCAUGCAGGGAGAGUGGUCUACAGACGGCUGCGAGGUUCUCUAUUCCAAUGUGAGCCAUACCUCCUGCAAAUGCAACCAUCUCACUCACUUUGCUAUCCUGAUGACAUCAUCAGGUCCCAGCCAGCUCGCCGCUCACCAGACCGUCCUGACCCGGAUCACCCAGCUGGGGAUCGUCGUCUCCCUGAUCUGCCUCUCGCUCUGCAUUUUCACGUUUUUCUUCUUCAGCGAAAUCCAAAGCACGAGGAUCACGAUUCAUAAAAACCUCUGCUGCGCCCUGUUUUUGGCUGAACUCCUUUUUCUUAUUGGUAUAAAUAUGACAAAAAACAAGCUCCUCUGCGCUGUCAUCGCGGGGUCGCUGCAUUACUUCUUCCUGGCCGCCUUCGCGUGGAUGUGCAUCGAGGGAAUCCACCUCUACCUGAUGGUGGUCGGGGUCAUUUACAACAAAGGAUUCCUGCACAAGAACUUCUACAUCUUCGGCUACUGCAGCCCCGCCGUGGUCGUGGGAAUCUCUGCUGUUCUUGGUUACAAAUAUUACGGCACGGAUAAAGUAUGUUGGUUGAGUACCGAAAAUAACUUUAUAUGGAGUUUUAUCGGGCCGGCCUGCUUGAUCAUUCUCGUUAACCUGAUGGCGUUCGGCGUGAUUAUAUACAAAGUCUUCCGACACACUAAGAUGCUGAAACCAGAAGUCAGCUGCUACGAAAGUAUAAGGUCCUGCGCCCGAGGUGCCCUCGCUCUCUUAUUUCUCCUUGGAGCCACCUGGAUGUUUGGGGUUCUUCAUGUGGUGAAUAGGUCCGUGGUGACCGCGUAUCUCUUCACAAUCGCCAACGCGUUUCAAGGAAUGUUCAUCUUCAUAUUCCUCUGUGUCUUGUCCAAAAAAAUCCAAGAAGAAUAUUACAGGUUAUUCAAAAAUGUUCCGUGCUGUUCUAGAUUUCUGAAAUAAGUAGGGAAGAAUCCGGAACGCAUCAGAAAGUCCAAAACGAAGUGCAAAGCCGCUGUGACAAUGGAAACAUUACUGCCCGUCCCGUCAGCCGACAGGGGUAACUAGGGUUUAGGACUCGUCGCUGAAUCUGUUUCUCU